UAGAAUGAUUUCAUAUCAAAAGCUAUGUCAUUUAUGUGAUUCAUACCAUAGAUAGGUGCUGCACUCUAACCCAUUAUUAAGUUUAAAUUCUUUAGUUGAUAGUGUGAACUGUCCAAGAUGGAAGAAACUAGGGUAAAUGCUGCUGGCCCCACUCCAAGAUAUUACCACAACACCCACAUUGUUAAUGACAAAUUGUACCUGUGGGGUGGUGAUCAGCCGGGCCUACCACAGCUACACAACAGUCCAGAAAAACUCAAAUUAUCAUCUGUUGUCGAUGUCAUCCAACUACCAACUGGUGAAUGGGAGACAGUAGCAACAACUGGCAACCCACCACUGGGAAUCAGGGGCUAUGCCUCCACUGUAAUGAACCAGCAGAUACUCUUUUUUGGUGGCUCUUGUAAUCAUGAUGACUGUCGUCACAAUAGCCUCUUUAGUCUGAGUCUUGUUGAUUUUAAAUGGACCAAGCUGUCACCUACUAGCAUGCUACAAGGUCCAAUGUUGAAGGCUUAUUGUGGAAUGGCUGGUUUGAGGAUCAAUGGAGAAGACUAUUUGCUCGUGGUGGGUGGCGUUGGGCCCAUGGCUAAUAAUAGGCCAUAUCAGACUGAGGCAGAGUACAGCGACAAAGGAUUGCAGGGAUUUGUACGCACGAAUGAGCAUCAUUAUUAUAAGCUAUCCACAGGCAAAUGGGUAUCCCCCAGCGCAAUUAGCCCAGGUCAGCCCAGAUACCUCUUCACCAUGUCAUCAUUAAACGACAACACUGUCAUACUGUUUGGUGGAAAUACACCUAAUGGGAUCAGUAAUACUGUAUACGUUGGAACAUGCACUGAAUCCUCAAUCACAUGGCAGAAGUUGGUUCCAGAGUCUAUUGAGGUCCCAUUGGGUCACUAUGGCCAUGCAUCAGUUCUCAUCAAUGAAGAAGAACUCAUGAUAGUAGGAGGAGUUGGGACUAGCGACUGCUGGAUAUUCAAUCUGUAUACAAGAUGGUGGAAACAGAUACUUCUACCCAAGACAGUGACUGGAAGGUAUGACCACUCACUCUCCAUCUGGAAGCAAGGAGGAGGCAAAGGUGUGUCGGUGAUUGUAUUUGGAGGAUUAAACAAAGACUACCUUCCAUUGAGCUACCCAGAAAUCAUUGAACUAGAACGAUUCAGUGGAAACCAUUCUCAAGUUAAAAGAGUGGGGGCACUGUCCCUUUCUGAGCAACCUUUAAUGAUGAUAGGGAGUGAGUAUGGACAACCAAUACCUCAAUCAUACUCUCGUAGUCCUAGCCAUACACCUUACCCUUCACCACAAUCAUCAUCUUCUUCUGUGCCACAAUUGUUGCACCAGCUUGAAGUAGAGAAAGAGAGGCAUAGAAAAGAGUCUUCAGAGCUUGCAGAGGCAAAUGAUCAAUUAAGAGAAGAGCUUGCCAUCAUUUCUCAACAAAAGAAGCUUCUGGGUAUAAAACUGGAACACAUGGCAGAUGAGAACCAGCACAAUAAGAGAGAGCUAAACGAAAAAGAUGAAAUUGAUAAGCAAAGGCCAUUAGAGCUGAAGGAAUAG